GAGGGUAUGAGAGUUACGUGAUCUGGUACAAGGUACCUGGAGGAGAGUGUGAGAGUGACAUGAUCUGGUAGAAGCUACCUGGAGAAAGAGAGUGUGAGAGUGAUCUGGUAGACGGUACCAGGGGGAGUGGGUGAGAGUGACAUGAUCUGGUAGAAGUACCUUCUACCUGAGGCAUUAGAGAUCGUGUUACUGAAAGAAAUAUCCUUAUUGGGGUCAAUAUGCUUAGGUUAGCCCAUUCAAACCCCUGCACAGCCCUCCAAACUUUCCUCAGCACUGGUGAACAUCCUUCCAGAUGGAUCGAAAAAACUGGAACCGACCUCCGCAUGAACCAGCUACAUGAUCUAUGUCAAGCUAGGCAACAGAGACACUUCCCUGCUCCAUGGGAUACUACCCCAUUCCAAACUACCAUUUCUCCAUUUCUCCUCAAAAUUCUUCUUAAAUUAAAACCAAAGCUUCGCCUUGAAGCCAAACAUGAUGCCUUAAGCUGUAUUGAUAACUUAGUCACACAGAACAAUCUUUCACAAAUUAUUUACGUCGAUGGUUCUGUUCACCAGUCCACUGGUGCAGCUGGUAGUGCUGCUGUUGUCAUACAGAGUGAUGGCUCUCAUAAAGAAAUUGGAGCACGCAUCAAUAACUGGGCCUCUACCCUUCAAACAGAACUGUUUGCCAUACUCCUUGCACUCAAAUGUGUCCAUGUAUCUAAGGUUGACACUUUAAUUGUAACUGAUUCUCUGUCAUCUAUAAAUGCUCUCAACUCAUUAUGCAUAAAUUGUGGCAUGCUUGUGUCAGAAGCCAGACACAGGUAUGGUAAGAUUGUGGACAGUGGAGUCAGAGUGCACAUGCUGUGGAUUCCAUCUCACACUGGUCUUCGAAUGCAUGAUAGAACUGAUAAAUUGGCUAAGCUGUAUGCUUUCAAAGAGGGAGUAGAUUACAAUCUUGGCUUGUCAGGUAGUAGUUUGAGAACAAUAAUACGAAAAGAACUUCAACUGAAUUUUAUUGACGUAAGACUCAGGGACACUGACACAAAUCAGUCCAUCUAUCAUCAUUCUAUCAUGCAGGAGGAGCCACAUGUCUAUGGUACAUCCAACAAAGUAAGCCGACUCUUGGAUGUCACUACCGCCCGGCUCCGGCUGGGUUACAAGAUCUUUGGCAGGUUAAAUCACCACCACCAGAUGUAGACCAAACGAAAUGUAAACUUUUCCAGAUGGACUAUUGUCACACCCUGCGUCAUUAUGUACUGGAGUGUGAUCAUAUUAUGAAUUUAGAAACAACUCACUCAGAAAUGUUCAAGAAAUGGCAAAGUAUUUUGUCCACAGUGGUAUAUUGCAGACCAUUCUGGAGAAAUACCCUGACUUUGCUAGCUGUAAAUAAUGCAUUACCAUGUGUGUGUGUGUGUGUGUGUGUGUGUGUGUGUGUGUGUGUGUGUGUGUGUGUGUGUGUGUGUGUGUGUGUGUGUGUGUGCGUGCUUGUGUGUAUGCAUAUAUUUGUACGCUCGUGUGCAUGUGUCUGUGCGUGCGCCCUCGUGUGUGUAUGUGUGCGCGCGCGCGCUCGUGUGGGUGUAUGACCCACUUAAUAUUUGUAUUUAUAACUCAUUACAAUUGUGACCAGGUGUGGACGUAUCAGUGGCUCAUUACUUUGUAAUUUGUUCAUGACUGUAACCAUGUAUAGGAGUGAAGCUGAUUCAUUACCUCUGUAACUUGCCAUGAUUGUGACCAGAUCUACCUGGAGUUCAUUACCUUUGUAACUAGUUCAGCUAUCAUAACUUUGGGGUCCAGUCCCUGGACCCGUUAUGUACCUCUGUAAUCUUUUGACUACCACCCACAGGAUGGGUAUGGUGUGCAUAAUAAAGAUAUUAAACUAACUAAACUGAGGGAGGAGGGUGUAAGAGUGACACGACCUUGUAUAAAGUACCUGACAAGGGUCACCUCAACACUGGGGUCAUCUCACCGUGGUGGGAAGUUCUGACCCGCAUGACCGCCUUGUAAUCUCACACGUCAACACUGCCACCACACUACCUGGCUAGUAACAUCUGCCAAGCACAGAGAAUGCCUUGUUCCUUCAUCAUGAGGGGCUCUCAGCCUGACAGUGGCGUGAAGGUUCGUGGUGGACCCGCCAGGCUGUGUGUACUCUCAAGGAGGACAUUACAAGGAAAGGAAGCCAGCGAGGCAUCAAAUCCAGAGUGAGGCUCCAGGAAGGAAGGUGGCGGAACGGAUGAAGUU